AUGGAUGUUGAAGAAGACUUGCUGAUAGUUGACGAGGUCGGCGUCUCUAGUCAACAAGCAGGGCGCGAACAAACUUCCGCCCGGCCCGUGUUUUCAGACCCUGAGAGGGUCUAUUGUAGAGUGGCGGAUCCCGGCCAGGAAAGACUCCGCCGAAGCGAAGGCUCGGGUGGAUAUUCGUAUGCGGACGCGGUUCGGGACCGCGUGUUAUCCUUUAGAAAUUCUAAAUUCAAAUCAUUUGUCUUUUCAUUGAUCCAUUUAUUUGUCUACCUGGCUCAAUUUCUUUGUGGUCCUAUGAACAAUCUAGAUAAAUCUAAUGGUAAAAACUCAGCUUCCGUCAAUUACUAG